CCUAUAUCCAUAUUUGUUCCUCUCGAGUGACUGCUAUGAAUUCCUGAAAUGCUGCCCAUUGAGACACCUGAAAUCCCACCCAAGUCCACCUGUGGCGCUAACUGCUGUGACAGUGCGAGGCCAAUAAUCUGCACCACACAGCAGCGCAAGUAUCGAGGUAAGAUAGUUUGCCCAUAACAACACAACCCCGCCAGCUGUGGGAUAAUACCCAAAAAAUGGCAGACACAGCGACGAAAAAACCCGCAGCCCGGACGAACCCUCGGGGUAUCCCCUAUGCGCCCUUCGUCGAUAAGGUCGAGGACUACGUAACGACCCGCGCGGAUGUGGAGGCCACUCUCAAGAGCUUCCAGGAGAUGAUAGCAAAGUACCAGUUUAUGGAGGCCAACCAGCAGCGGAGAGCAGCUGGGUUGAAGGAUAAGAUGCCGGAUAUUCAAAAGACGCUAGAUACCGUGCGGUUCUUAAAAACACGAAAGCCUGAUUCGGACCCGAUAGAAGCGACGUUUGAGCUUAAUGAUACGCUUUACGCAAAGGCACAUAUUCCACCUACGGAGGAAGUUUAUCUAUGGCUUGGGGCGAACGUUAUGCUGUCGUACCCCGUCGACGAGGCGGAGGUGCUCCUGAACUCGAAACUCACCUCGGCGAAAGCGAGCUUGUCAAACUGCGAGGAGGAUCUCGACUUUCUCAGGGAGCAAAUCACAACUAUGGAGGUGGCCACAGCACGUGUGUAUAACUGGGACGUCACGAUGAAGAGGAAAGAGAAGGCUGAGAAUGAGGGCGAGGAAGAUGCAGAUAAGAAGGGCUCUGCAAGUGGUUGAAAAUACUAUAUUGACUUGAAACUCUAUGCAUGAGAAUGGGGCUCUUUCCCAUGUGAACCAUGUGAACCAUGUG